AUGGCCCUGGCCAACGGCGCCCUCGCGGCCAUCCCUACCUCCUGCAUGAUCGACUCCGGCACCCAGAUCAACGACCUGCCCAUUAGCGAGGCUGGACUCGCUGGUUUCUUCGCAGCCGCCGGUCUCACUCGUGAUUCCAUUGGCCACGUCGCCUAUAACGGCAGCUGCGACUCUGUCCCCAAGGACCUCACCAUCGACCUCGAGUUUGCCGGUGUCGAUGGCAAGAGCGUGACCAUCAAGACUCCAGUCCGUAACUACAUCCGCAACAACGCGGAUGCCGAAGCUGGAAUCUGCGCACUGAACAUCGAUACCGGCGCCUGCAUGCUUGGUGCUCCCUUUGCCACCUCUGCCUUCUUCGCUGCUGAUGAUGCCAAGGGCGAGAUUGCUUUGGCGCAGGGUGGUGUCUCGAAGAGAGGGAGCAAGGCGGACGAUGCCUCUCUGUCUCUGACUAUUCCUUGA